CUCCGUUACUGUUUUAAUCUUUGUUCAAGUUUUCUGCUGCGAAUAAUAACCAUGAAUGCUUUAGCUGCUACCAACAGAAACUUUAGGCUGGCAGCUCGGCUCCUGGGCUUGGAUUCAAAACUCGAGAGGAGUUUGCUCAUGCCGUUUCGCGAAGUCAAGGUUGAGUGUACAGUACCUAAAGAUGAUGGCUCCUUGAUGUCCUUUGUCGGGUUUCGAGUUCAACAUGAUAAUGCUAGAGGCCCCAUGAAAGGUGGAAUCAGAUACCAUCCGGAGGUGAAUCCAGAUGAAGUGAAUGCAUUAGCACAACUAAUGACAUGGAAAACAGCAGUGGCUAACAUACCAUAUGGUGGAGCUAAAGGAGGGAUAGGAUGCAAUCCAAGCGAGCUGAGUGUCUCUGAGCUGGAACGACUUACUCGCGUUUUUACUCAGAAAAUCCAUGAUCUGAUUGGCGUCCAGAUACAUAUCCCGGCUCCCGAUAUGGGAACAGGUCCACAGACAAUGGCAUGGAUUCUCGACGAGUACUCAAAAUUCCAUGGCUAUUCACCAGCUAUAGUUACAGGAAAACCUAUUGACCUGGGUGGAUCUCUAGGCAGGGAUGCAGCAACAGGAAGGGGAGUUCUCUAUGCAACUGAAGCAAUGCUUAAAGAGUACGGGAAGAGCAUUGCUGGGCAGCGCUUUGUUAUACAGGGAUUUGGAAAUGUUGGUUCUUGGGCUGCUCUGCUCAUCAGUCAGCAAGGUGGGAAGGUUGUCGCUGUUAGUGAUGUCACUGGUGUGAUAAAGAGUGAGAAAGGACUAGACAUCCCUGCCCUAAUCAAACAUGUGAAGGAGAAUAAUGGUGUGAAAGGUUUCCAUGGUGGGGAUGAUGCAGUGGAUGUGGAUCCAAACUCCAUUCUGGUUCAAGACUGCGACAUUCUAAUUCCAGCUGCCCUGGGAGGUGUCAUUAACAGGGAUAAUGCAAAGGACAUCAAAGCGAAAUUCAUUGUUGAGGCAGCUAACCAUCCAACUGAUCCUGAAGCUGAUGAGAUUUUAGCAAAGAAAGGAGUUGUGAUUCUACCAGACAUCUAUGCAAACUCAGGUGGAGUUACAGUCAACUAUUUUGAGUGGGUUCAGAACAUUCAAGGGUUUAUGUGGGAUGAGGAGAAAGUGAAUGCACAACUUCAUAAAUAUAUGACCAGAGGCUUUAAAGAUGUCAAGGAUAUGUGCAACACCCACAACUGUGAUCUUCGUAUGGGUGCAUUUACCUUAGGAGUUAACCGUGUAGCCCGGGCUACAGUUCUUAGGGGAUGGGAAGCUUGAGAAGGGGAAUACAAAAAGGACCUCUAUCAACUUCUUAACUUUCAUUUCAUUUCAUUUCCUGCAAUUCAACUUAGCAAUGUAAAUUGUAAUAUAAUA